AAGGACCUUUUUAGAACUUUCUAAACGAAUAUGAGAUGUUGCCACAACUGUGCUUUCCUACUUUUCUUGUUUCUUAAAAAGGAUGUCGACAUUUGGGAAUUUUUAAAGUAAUGAUAUCAUGACUAACAUGUUUCUGUGGAAUAAGUUUGCUUUAUAAAUGGUUCGCAUAGCUGCAAACAAUGAGCAUUACAAUUUGGUGGUCAUCUCGGAUUUAAAAGUUCGUGCUUGGAUUCUUUUAGAGUGACAAUUAAUCAGUAGUUAGACGUUUGAGGCCUAUUUUGUAAGAGAUUUGUUAUUUUUUUUUUUUCGGUGUUAGUAUUUUUGCUUACUUUUUAAGUUCAUAACUAAUGUUCGUAGUCUCAUCAACUCUCAUUUUUCUAUAUUGUAGUGUGCGACCAGGCAUUUUUCACGGAGUUAAUGAAGGAGGUUUCAGAAAUAGAUCUAUGCUUUAGUUUGAGAGUCAGACAUCUCCUUCAUCUCCAUGUUGCUACCGGGGUCCAGAGAUACUUUCUGCAGUUCCGUCAGUGUUUCAUAAAUGAUCAACAAGCUAUGGUAGAAAAAGGGCGGAUGUUGAUUGAGUAUGUUACGAUGAACACAAUUGCUAUCAGAAAAAUCCUUAAGAAAUAUGAUAAAAUACAUAGCUCUGAAAAUGGCAAGCUUUUCAAAUCCAAGAUGUGGGCAGAACAUAUUGAGAUUUUGCAAUCACCUUGGCUUAUAGAAUUGGGUGCAUUUUAUUUGAAUCUUGAUGUAUUGGAUGGUGACGAGCUUAAUGAGGUUUCUGGUCGCUUUUCCUGUGAUCUCUCUGUGACACCACCUACAAUGACAUUGAUGCUUCCUGACUCCUUAAAGAUGGAAUAUGAUCUAACUUGUGCUGUAUGCUUGGAAUCUGUUUUCAAUCCCUAUGCUUUGAGCUGCGGUCACCUGUUCUGCAAGUCUUGUGCGUGCGCAGCUGCUUUUGUGUUUAUCUUCCAAGGCCCUAAAUCUGCAGCCCCGGAUGCAAAGUGCCCAAUAUGCAGAGAGGCGGGAGUGUAUGCAAAAGCAGUGCACAUGUUGGAACUAGACCUGCUCCUGAAAACAAGGUGCACCAACCAUUGGAAAAAGAGGUAUAACGCAGAACGCGCAGGGAUACGCAAGCAAAAUAUGCAGGGUUUUGAUUGAUCAAUUGAGGGGGCACAGGGUCCCAUAUCUAUAAUCACGUGAUGAGAGAUACAGGGAGACGGUGAUAUAUCGCCGGGGACAGCCAAGAACCUCCUGUGAUCUAGCAAAUAAAGCGUUUAAUGCUGCAAAUCCAUCGCGUUGGAUAGAUCAUUGUUUGAAGCUGGUAUAUUUAUAUGUACUUGUGUUUGUAUACCGGCAUUUUUCGUUACUUUAUUCAUUGACACGUUAGGCAAAUUAGGUAUUAAUUAUCGUACAUAAACAUUGUUUUUCCAAUUAAAAUUGUAUGGCUCGUGAGCCUCCUUUUUUUUUUUUUGGUAAAUUUUACAUUCUUGA